AUGCAUGAGAUCAGGCUAAGCUUUGGCAUUCUCAUGCUUGAGCUCAUCACGGGCCGCCAUGUCAUCACCAAUUCUCUCGCCAUUCCCUCCGAUGAAGAGGCGGGUCAGCAGCUGCACAUCCUUCCCUGGGUCCAGCAGCAGCUGGCUCAAUCCGGCAGCAACAGGGGGCUGGCACUGCGAUGCACCGCCAAGCAGAGCGCCACGCGGCCGGCCAUGGGGGUGAUUGCAGCCGAGCUGGAGGCCGUGCUGGUGGCGCUGGGCGGCAAACCUAGCAACUCCGCCGCCUGUCAGGUGGACCGGCAGGUGUAG